AUGCCGUAUACGAAGGAUGAUCUCGCAGCACUGAACCUUUCGCCAGCCAAGACAUCCAGGUGGGAAGAGCAGUACCUGUUUUAUCCGGCCACGAUCAUCCUGAAUCCACAGACGGCGCCGACGAUACAAGUCAUCCCGAACAUGUUGACGCGGAUUCCGUUCAUGGAAUGCGACCCGGCGCAGGAGCACGGGGGGUACGGCGAUGCCCAAUUCUUCAAGCUGGCCCCGGAGUACGUCGAAGAUGAAGAUCCUAGCCAUCGGAACUUGGUGCCGCCCCUUGUCGUCGCCGUGAAGUCCUUCUAUAGCCGCGCCGAUGGCCUCACCGAGGCGGAGAACAUGCGCCUCCUCCGCAAGGGUCAAGCCGGCGACCACAGUAUCUCGCUUUGCAACGCCGUGGUCGAGCACGGGAGCAGCGGAAGCUCCUCCUCGCGGCUCCUCAUAUUCUUUCCCCGCGCCGAGCUGGGUGAUCUCGGCCAGUUCCUGCGUGGUGGGAUGCACAGCGACGGCAACGAUAUGAGGUCAUACGACUUCAAGGAUCGGUUCCCGCACGCCCACGCCCACGGCUGGGGCAACGUCGAGCUCGCUCGGGCGCUCCUCCAGCAGUGUCACAAGCUCGCCGGUGCCCUGCGGUUCCUCCACUCCGGCUUCCUUGUGGAUGGGCGGUGGGUGCGGUGCGCGCACAUGGACCUCAAGCCGAACAACAUCAUCAUAUUUGGCGGGGACGGUGCUGUGGGCCGCUGGAAGCUGUGCGACUUUGGCAUCUCUGUGCUCAAGGACGAGAAGGGCGAUGGUCACAUGGGGGAGGACUAUCAUUACCAUGACAACCAGAUGACCUUUAACACCAACGCGCGGCGCGGGCGAGGCCAGUACCAGGCCCCGGAGGUCCCCGAGUGGUGGGGCCCACACCUUACGGAGAGCGUCCUGACCGGCGGCACGGGCACGGACUCGAAUGCGGGCCCCGGCGCGGCCGAACCUGUGGGGCGCGUCGGCCGGUCCGUCGACAUCUGGUCUUUCGGCUGCAUCUUCGCCGAAGUCCUGGCUUUCGCCCUCGGCGGGCCCCGUAACGUCGAAGGCUUCCUCGCAGCUCGGAGGCAAGUCUUCAACCACGUCGGGGAUGUUAACUUUCACUCGCCGAGCAACAGCAACAGCAACAGUGCGUCGUCGUCGUCGAGCCACAGGGGCUUCGUGGUGCGACCUCAAGUGCUGCUGUGGCUCGGCGAGCAAUGUGCCACGGCCGAGUCGCCCGUCUGGUCCAACUGCUGGGCUGGCUAUAUCAGGCGGAUCCUGCGCGUCGACCCGCGAGAGAGGCCGGACGCGGCAGCGCUGGAGCGUCAUGUGCACCACGUCUGGGAUGACGCGCUUAGAUGCCCCAGAGAGCCGACUUCCAGAUGUGAGGUCUUUCGAUAUGACUACGAAUCGGAAAUUGCCCUAGAAUUGCCGUCUAAUGGAGAAUCGGCUCCAGUCCCCCAAACCUCCCCCUCCUUGCCUCUUCCUACAUCACCUGCUGAUGUUCCCCCUGCUAUAGCGGCAACAGUGACCCCCUCCAACGUCUCGUUUGAGGUCCCGGUGAGCUCUAAUCCCCUGUUCACCGGCCGUCGGAAGAUCAUUGCCGAGAUGGAGAACUUCUACUUCGAAGGCGGCCGCGAUGGCACGCAGCAGCAGCGCCUCGUACUCACGGGCCUCGGGGGCGUAGGCAAGACCCAGAUCGCCACGGCGUUUGCCUACGAUGCUUAUCACGCGGGACGCUAUGCCACAGUUCUCUGGGUCUUCGCCGUUGACGAGCAGGAGAUUGUUAAGUCGUUCACGCAGCUGGCCAAGACGCUGGGUCUCUUCCCCAGGACGUCUUCUGAAGACCGACAGCAGCAAGACAUGCCACCCAUGGCGCUCGCGCUGCUGCAGUGGCUCUCGCGUGAGGAAGGGAAGAGGUCGUCCAGAUGGCUCCUCGUGUUCGACAACGUGGACGACCUGGACACCUUCGACAUCUCGCGGUUCUUCCCUCGCGUGCCAUGGGGCCACAUCCUAGUCACGAGUCGCCGCAGAGAGGCUCGCCGCCUAGGCCACCAAAUCCAAGUAGGCGUUAUGGACGAGGAAGAGGCGGUCAAUCUUCUCAAGAGGUGUUCCGGCGUUGCCGCUGAAGCGGAUGACGGCGUCGACGAAGAAGCUGCGCGCGACGUCGCCCGCACCCUGGGAUUCCUCCCGCUGGCCCUCGAUCAGGCCGGCGCCUACAUUACAGAGCAGGCCAUAGACUUUGCCGAGUACAAGGAUCUCUACCGCGAAAGCCACGACGACCUACUCCGGCACAAGCCACCGCGGGCCGUCUGGUCGUACGAGAAGACCGUCUUCACCACUUGGGAGAUUUCCUUCCACGCGGUGGCCAUCAGGAACCCGGUCGCCGCGCGCCUCCUGGACCUGGCGGCCUUUUUCCACUCGGACGGCGCACCGUUCGCGCUCAUGUGUAACCUCGCCCAGAUCCGCCGGUCGGAGCCCCAGCAACGGCUUCUUUUGCGAGACUUCGUCGACUUUGUCCAGACGCCGGCCGACUACGACCAGCUAGUCGGCCGGGCACCUCCGGAGCUGAGGGUUUCGCGCAUGAAGAUAGGCGAGGCCAUCGGUACGCUCGCGUCCUUCUCGCUGGUGGACCAAAAGACCAUGUCGACGCAUCCGCUUGUCCACUACUGGCUCAAGGAGCGGCAGUCCAGCUCGGAAAGAAUCGCGAGCGGCCGCGCGGCCAUCUUCCUCGCCCUGAGCGCCCUCAUCAACGCCUACGACGCAUCACGUUUCGCGGAGGGUGAAACGCUAUACCCCUACCUUUUCACCUGUCUGGACAACCUCCACAACACACCGGACCUCCUCAGCGAUACCGAGCUCCACCAGAUCGGAGCCUGCAUGAUCGCCGUUGACGCCUGGAUCCCUGUCUCCUUUGACCACGGCACGCUGCACCGCGCCGACCGCUUCUACGACCUUGUCGCUGGGCGCCGUGAGCACGCGGAAUGGCGCAUCCCCGACGCGAUGCUGGCUGUGCGCCGCGCCAUCCGGCUCAAGAGCAUGGGGCGGCGAAGGGAGUGUUCCGAUCACUGUGCCCGCUAUCUCGCCGCGUUCCAGCAACGCUCACGCCUGGACAAGAUCUACGCCGCGUCCAUGGCGCGUACCUCGGCCCCCUGCUUCUACCGUGAGGGGGACUACGACGGCGCUGAGCGCGUGUAUGAGUACGUCGACGACUCGCUCGACGACUCAGGCGCUAUGCUGCAGCGGGCCCGCAAACAGCUGGUUCUCGGCUCCAUCAAGAUCGACCGUGGGCUGCCGGACGAAGCCGCGGCCGUGCUGGAGGGCUGCGCACGCGAGAUGGACAAGGGCAUCGGCCAGGAGCACUUCCUGCGUCGCGUGUGGCACCAGCUCAUGGCCAGCGCCCGCCUAGCGCAAGGGCGGCCGGCCGAGGCCGAAGCCGAGGUGAUGAAGGAGUUGGCGGAGCGGAUGCGUAUGCUCAAUCGUGGCAAGAUCGAGUUCAGCUUUAGCGACUAUGAGCUCGCCGAGGUAUAUAACCAGGCACUCCGGGCGCAGGGACGCUUUGCCGAGGGCAAGGCCUGGCUGGCUGCGCUACUGGACAAGACGGCAUCAGAGAAGCCGCGGCCGGCCCGGAGCCUCGCGGAGCUGUCACUGAUUCUCGUCGAGCUCGACGAGGCGACGACCCUGUUCACGAGUGACCAUGAGGACAAGCGGAAGGUGGAUGAUAUGAUGGCCAGGGCAGAGCGCAAGUUUGUCGAGGCAGCAGCCGUCUACGAACUGGAAUGGAACAGGGGCAUGUGGUCAUUCAAGCAUUUUCACCGGACAAUGACGGACUUCAGGAAGAGAUUAGGGCAGUAG